UAUGUGCCAGAUACUGGGCAAAGGAGUUUGCAGACAUAUAUCAUUUGAUCCUCACAAUUCAUGAGGCAGGUAUGACUAUGCUUCCCAUUGUGCAGAGAGGGAAAACGAGUCACACGGAAGCAAGUCAUGCAGCAGAGCUAGGAUUGGAACGGAAGUGGCCUGCAGAGCCUGCCUCCCACCCCACUGUGCUAUGCCUCCCAUUGAUGCUUUCCUGUGCCUGCCAUUUAGCUUUGCUCUGGUGAGUGGCAAGCUGUACCAGUGGAAAGAGCCUGUCAUCAGUUCUGUGCACAGCAAGGUGAAAAGGACAGCAGAAGUGAAAGAGGAGAUCGUGGAGAAAGAAAUGAAGAAGUUGGUGCACAGUGUCUUUAACAUGGCAGAUUACACCUUCCCUUUGCAGGUGAACACCUGGUAGUUUUAACGGACCCCAACACUUACCCAAAGGUAGCCAUUGGGUCAGGUUUCUGCACUAUAGUCCCUUCUGUGGUUGCCAGAAAUACGUUACAGGAAAAGGGUCCCGAUCCAGAUCCCAAGAGGGGGUUCUUGGAUCUAGCGCAAGAAAGAAUUCAGGGCAAGUCCACAGUGCAAAGUGAAAGCAAGUUUAUUAAUAAAGUAGUGGAAUAAAAGAAUGGCUACUCCAUAGACAGAGCAGCCCCGAGGGCUGCUGGUUAGGCAUUUUUAUGAUUAUUUCUUGAUGAUACGCUAAACGAGGGGUGGAUUAUUCAUGCCUCCCCCUUUUAGACCAUAUAGGGUAACUUCCUGACAUUACCAUGGCAUUUGUAAACUGUCAUGGCACUGCUGGGAGUGUAGCAGUGAGGACGACCAGAGGUCACUCUUGUCACCAUUUUGGUUUUGGUGGUUUAUAGCAGGCUCCUUUACUGCAACCUGUUUUAUCAGCAAGGUCUUUAUGACCUGUAUUUUGUGCUGACCUCCUAUAUCAUCCUGUGAUUUAGAAUGCCUUAACCGUCUGGGAAUUCAGCCCAGUAGGUUUCAGCCUCAUUUUACCCAGCUCCUAUUUAAGAUGGAGUUGCUCUGGUUCACAUGCCUCUGACAUUUGUAUUGCACAUCCAUUGUGAGGUAAAUGAUACCAAUCCCACUACAAAUCAAACCUUCAGGAGGUAAGGCAAUGUGUGAGGUGAUAAAGCCUCCAGAUUCAAAACUAUGCUUGGGUCAAAUUCUAGCUCUGCCACUUUGUGUGUGCAGCGUUGGGCCAAACACUUAGCUCAAUUCCCUCAUGUAUUCAGCAAACAGUUACUGAAUAUAAUAUGCUACUCUUCUAGUCUUGUAGCAGGACGAGCCGCAGACAAAACCUCUCAGACACCGAGUUGUAGAAGGAAGGGCUUUAUUCAGCUGGGAGCAUCGGCAAGCUACUGCCUUAAAAUCCGAGCUCCCCGAAUGCACAAUUUCUGUCCCUUUUAAGGGCUCCUCACAGCACUAAAGAUUUCACAUGAAAGGGUCGUGAUUGAUUUGAGCAAGUAGGUGGUACGUGACAGGGGCUGCAUGCACCAGUGGUAAGAGAGAAACAGAACAGGGCAGGGAGUUUCACAACGUUCUUCUAUACAAUGUCUGGAAUCUAUGAAUAACAUCGGUUUCUAAGUUAUGAGUUGAUUUUUAGCUACUGGGUGUGAGGCCUCUGAGCCCAAGCCAAGCCAUCGCAUCCCCUGUGACUUGCACGUAUAUAUCCAGAUGGCCUGAAGUAACUGAAGAUCCACAAAAGAAGUAAAAAUAGCCUUAACUGAUAACAUUCCACCAUUGUGAUUUGUUUCUGCCCCACCCUAACUGAUCAAUGUACUUUGUAAUCUCCCCCCACCCUUAAGGUACUUUGUAAUCUCUCCCACCCUUAAGGUACUUUGUAAUCUCCCCCAACCUUAAGAAGGUUCUUUGUAAUUCUCCCUACCCUUGAGAAUGUACUUUGUGAGAUCCACCCCUGCCCGCAAAACAUUGCUCUUAACUUCACCGCCUAUCCCAAAACCUGUAAGAACUAAUGAUAAUCCACCACCCUUUGCUGACUCUCUUUUCGGACUCAGCCCGCCUGCACCCAGGUGAAAUAAACAGCCAUGUUGCUCACACAAAGCCUGUUUGGUGGUCUCUUCACACACAUGAAACUGGGUUUAGGCCAGGCAGGCCCAGGCCUGGUUUCGGGCCUGGCGCUGGGCUGCCCGUCUUUGGUUUUACUUCCUUGUUGUUUCUUCUUAAAACAGGUACUGAGUAUAAAACAAUAUAAAACAAAAUGAGAGGGUCUCUCUCUCCCCUCGGUCUCUGGGACAGAGCAGAGAGCAAGAACAAAAUUGCUGUGUUCGUGGACUUUAUAUGCUAGGGCGAAGCAGGUCCUCAGAAAAUAAUCAAAUGUACGUUAAAUGUAUAAGGUAAAUGGUGAUGAGUCUAAAGUGAAUGGGGGGAAUGGAAGAGAACGAAGGUAGGGAGAAUGUACAUUAAGGGAAAGGGAAGGUUGCAAUUUUAGAAAAGGAUGUCUGGGCAAGGGCUCCCUGAGAAGACGGCAUUUGUACUAUAGAAACACAGUAUCUAUUUUCCAGGCCCGUAAUGAAGGUUUAAUAAGAAAACGCAUGGAUUCGUAAAAAAUCUUCAAUAGGCCCCAAAUGGACCUACAAGACCUGGACCCCAAUGGAUGAGGGAACGCUAACCACAGCAGAACGGUAAUCGCGGCGAACGUUGGCACAGACGGAAAGUUGAUCUGAACGGAAAGUUGGUCCGGGGGAAACAUUAGUUAUUGAGGAACGUUAAUCCGGAACAAAUCUUAGGCAGAAGCGGAACUUAGACCAGGACGCACAGUUACCAUGGCAAUGACGCACGCCCUAAGGGCGGUGGCAGCGACGCAGAGAAACCUGGGAGGAGACAGAGGCAGGGUUUGCGACGGAAGUGGCCUCUCUGCUUCUGCAGGGCUGGGGAAGAUGCUGCGUCCAGCGUUACCGUGGCUGUGCCUUGGCCUCUGCAGCCUCCUGGUGGGGGAGGCAGAGGCCCCGAGCCCCGUGGAUCCGCUGGAGCGGAGCCGGCCGUACGCGGUGCUGCGAGGGCAGAACCUGGUGUUGAUGGGAACCAUUUUCAGCAUCCUGCUGGUGACUGUCAUCCUUAUGGCAUUUUGUGUCUACAAGCCCAUUCGGCGUCGGUGACAGCCAGACAAGUUCUUCAAUGAGUAUUUGGGAAUAGGAUAAGUUGUGUUGCACACAGGCCAGUGGAGAAGUUGGAACCAAAACUUUCCUACUUGGAAAUGACCUUUGGUCUGGACAGUUGGUAAACGCUAAAUGAAUUAGAAGAAAACAUGUACUAGACAUUAUUUUUUCCUAACACUGUAGCGCAAAUAAUUGGCCCCUGAGUCCGCUUCUCAGUGUUUCUGACUGUACUUGUUAAAAGUAAGACCUGAAAGCUCCAAAGGUCAGUGUAAAGAUGGAGUGUUCAUGAGAAAGAAAACAUGGUAACCUUGUGAGUGCCUGUAAGAACCACACUGUAAAGAACUCAUCAUUAAUGCUUGAAAAUGUUAUUAAGAAGGAGACUUACCAUGCAGACAUUCCCUAUUUAAGAACCAUUUGGUUACAGUGGGUUAAGAAUCACAGAUUUUUUUUUUUUUAAUCUCACCUGAGUUGGCCUAGAAUGCGCUGGUUGCAAAGUGGUGUCAGCUGUGGGGAUCUUGGGCCCUCGUUCCUCACCUGCAUCCUGCCCUGCACUCAGGUGCUCCCCCUGAAGUCAGGGUCACAUCAGGUAGACCUGUUACUAUAUGCACCUUUGGCCUGGAAUGCUCUGAAGUUGGACUGGAAAUGUUACUAGGUUGGCCUAUUACAAAAAGGACCCCAUCCUGCUUAAACGCAUUGAUCUCCCUUGCCCUGCAUUUGAGUCUUUCUAGCCCACGGUCUGAAACUUGAGGCAGCUUUCCAGAUUUGGAAUGUAAAAGGCUCAGUGGGCACUCUGUUCAUCCCUGGGUGGGGAGGGCCCAGCCAACAGAAGUGCAUGUCCACUGUGCGGGCCAGUGUGUGUUUACACAAAUUUCAUCUCAGCUUUGAAAAUGCUGCUAUUAGUUUCCACUGUUGGUGAACUGGAUUUUUUCCUCCUAUUGAAAUGAUACUUUCAUACUUAUAAAGCUGCUGUCAAUAUUUAUUUCAAGGUGCUAAAUUUAAUUUUGUUAUUAAAUUGAAAUGCUUAUCUUGUGUUCAAGCACAGCACUGAUUUUAACAACCUGCAUUUAAUGUGAAGUAACCGAAGUAGGAUACUGUAACUGUGUAAGGAUUUUGUUUGUAAUCUUGUAACAUUGAACCAUUGAAAUGUUCACUGUUCUUUGCUUUUGAGCAAAACGUCAAUUAAAGCUAAAGUAAAAUCCUA